UCAUCGUAUUGAGAUUGCGGGCACUCAGUCUCAGAAGUCAUUGUUUAGAUUUCACCUUCACCUUCUCUGCUCUUGCUGUGCCUGAAAUGGAGGCUCUCUCUUGCUCUGCACUCACGUUUACGAGGCCUUCUGAUCUAGCAAGUCACUGUUCUGGCCGGUCGUUUUCUGUACUUCGGUUGGCUUUACCUUCAGCUUUCUCCAAAUGUCGCAGAAGACAUCCCGUUGGUGUACUCAAGGCCUCCAUUGCCGUUGAGCAACAAAAUCAGGAGACUAAGAUUGCUCUCAUCAGAAUUGGUACAAGAGGAAGUCCUCUAGCUUUAGCUCAGGCAUAUGAGACCAGAGACAAACUCAUGGCAAUACAUUCAGAGCUAGCUGAAGAGGGGGCCAUUCAGAUUGUGGUAAUUAAAACAACUGGUGAUAAAAUACUAUCACAACCACUUGCAGACAUAGGUGGGAAGGGCUUAUUCACCAAAGAAAUAGAUGAGGCUCUCAUAAAUGGUGAAAUUGACAUUGCUGUCCACUCAAUGAAGGACGUUCCUACAUACUUGCCUGAUAAGACUAUUCUUCCCUGCAACCUUCAACGAGAGGAUGUCAGGGAUGCUUUUAUAUCCUUGAGUGCAUCUUCACUGGCUGAUUUACCUGCUGGAAGUGUUGUUGGUACUGCUUCCCUCAGACGGAAGUCACAGAUACUCCAUCGAUAUCCAUCCCUAAAUGUGCUAGAAAAUUUCCGUGGCAAUGUCCAAACAAGAUUAAGAAAGCUCAAUGAGGGGGUUGUCCAAGCUACAUUAUUGGCAUUAGCUGGACUCAAACGCCUAAAUAUGACAGAAAACGUGACGUCAACCCUAUCAGUUGAUGACAUGCUUCCAGCUGUUGCCCAAGGUGCAAUUGGAAUAGCCUGUAGAAGUGAUGAUGAUAAAAUGGCAGAAUACCUUGCUUCAUUAAAUCAUGAAGAAACAAGGCUGGCAGUUGCUUGUGAAAGGGCAUUCCUUGAGACUCUUGAUGGGUCUUGCCGGACUCCCAUUGCUGGAUAUGCUUUCAGAAAUGAGGAUGGUGAUUGUUUAUUUAGAGGAUUAGUUGCUUCUCCUGAUGGAACUCGCGUUCUUGAGACGUCAAGGACUGGUCCAUACGCCGUUGAAGAUAUGGUCAAGAUGGGCAAGGAUGCUGGGAAGGAGCUUCUUUCCCGGGCUGGUCCUGGUUUUUUCAAUAGUUAAUCACUUGGUUUAAAAGAUGACCAAGUACAGAGAUUUCUAUGUCAGGUUUUGGGUGACUGCAUGCCAAGUUAAUUAAUUCUUUGACCAGUUGUAGCUUAAAAAAUGAUUUAUUUUCAACUGAGUAUGCAAAAGUGAACCUCUCAUAAGGUUCCUUUUUUUUGGAGGGGGGGGGGGCAUUCCAUGAAUUGGUUCAAACUGUUGUAUUUGUAGGAGAUUGGAAAUCCAAAUUUUGUAAUGUGAAUAAUUCUCUUCUGCCAACGUGUUUAUUCAAUCACAUACUAAACUUGAGAUUGUAUUUCUAUGCACUGGCCCUGGUUUUGGUUUUGUUUUUUGUUUUUCCCCGUAUAUUUGUACUGUGACUGCUAUGGGGCUGUCAGGAGUGAAUUAUGAAAAAGAUU